AGAACUAAAUGCCCCACUGGAGCUGAUUGGGGAAAGUGGGGGUGAGUUUGGGUCAGGACCAGUAUGGCCUUCGCCAUGAUCCGUUCGGUGCCAACGCACGUGAUCUAUCCGGACCUUUCCAUUCUGUCAGAGGAUGAGGAGAACCAGAGCGAUGAUUCCGACCAAUCGUUUGGCUGCUAUCAGAGCUCGCCCAAGAGGAGGAAAGUGGGGGGCACGGGGGGCACUGGGGGGGGGCAGCCGGUGGUGAAGCAGAGACAAGCGGCCAAUGCCAGGGAGAGAGAUCGCACCCAAAGCGUCAACACGGCCUUCACCGCCCUGCGCACUCUCAUCCCCACCGAGCCGGUGGAUCGCAAGCUGUCUAAGAUCGAGACCCUGCGCCUGGCGUCCAGUUACAUCUCCCACUUGGCCAACGUGCUGCUACUGGGCGAGGGCUGCCAGGAUGGCCAACCGUGCUUCUCUACCGUCUAUAGAGCCAAGGACUCCGACGGCAAAGUGCCCCGCAGCAUCUGCACCUUCUGCCUCAGCAACCAAAGGAAGGGGGCCACACGCAGAGAGCAUGCUGGGAACUGCCUGAGAGUUCGGGGGCUGAACACUUUGCGGGUCGCACAGAGAUGACCCCCGAGUAUCGGGGAGGAACCCCCAAAUCUUUCCCACACAGACCAAGUGCCAAUGCUGCCCAGGGCCUGGCAGGGCGAAACCGGGCAUCUGUCGGGCACAGAUUGGGCUCAGGAUGGACCCCCCCCAUGUAUAUUCCUUCUGAGAGCUGGGCUUCCUACUGGGGGGCCACAGGGACUCGGGGUCACUGACCCCACAGCACUGACUGUUUCACGUAAAUAUUUGUACAGUAGGCAAAGGGUUAAUUAAAGUGUCACUCGUGCAACGAGAA